CAUUACGUAUAGAUUAUUGAACUCAAAUUAAUAAUUAAAAUUAAUACAAUAUUAAGGAAGUAUAAACUAAUUAACACGUUAUAAAAUUUAAUUCACCUAACGUUUUAAUUGAUUAGGAUUAGAAUAGAGAAAACCCGAUGCGUGCCGGCGCGUCGGCUUUUGCUUGGUUUGUGGUCCGAGGAGUUUGUGUUGCAAAGUCAUCAUGGCAAGAGGAACUAGCGCUGGUUUUGAUCGGCACAUUACGAUUUUCUCGCCCGAGGGGCGACUUUACCAAGUCGAGUAUGCCUUCAAGGCAAUCAACCAGGGGGCUCUCACCUCGAUCGGAGUCAAGGGCGUGGACACCGCCGUCAUCGUGUCCCAGAAGAAAGUCCCCGACAAGCUUCUCGACCCCACCACCGUUACCCACAUCUUCCGGCUUACCGAGAGCAUUGGCUGCGUCAUGACCGGCGUCGUCGCGGACGGGCAGUCGCAGGUGCAGCGCGCGCGCUACGAAGCGGCCAACUGGAAGCACAAGUUUGGCUACCCGAUCCCCGUGGACAUGCUCUGCCGCCGGGUGGCCGACAUCUCCCAGGUCUACACCCAAAACGCUGAGAUGCGGCCCCUGGGAUGCAGUAUGAUGCUGGUGGCCUACGACGAAGAGCGGGGCCCGCAGCUGUACAAGGCGGAUCCGGCGGGCUACUACUGCGGCUACAAGGCGACCAGCGUGGGUGUGAAGCAGACGGAGGCCAACAGCUACCUCGAGAAGAAGUUCAAGAAGAGGCAGGACUACAACCACGCCGAGACCAUACAGCUGGCGAUCAGCGCACUUUCGAGUGUCCUCUCGGCGGACUUCAAGCCUUCCGAACUGGAGGUGGGAGUGGUGUCAAAGGACGAACCGCUGUUCAGGACCCUGACGGAACAGGAGAUCGACGCUCAUCUUGUCGCCAUUGCCGAGAAGGAAUGAUGCCCGUUUUUCUUUUUUUACCUCGAUCUUGCUGAGUGCCGAAAUAAAGGGUUUGUGACACUAGA